AUGGUCUCCCUCACUAUCGGUUAUGUGUCUGGUGUCAUCGCCGCGGUGGUGUUUAUUCUUCAGUUUAUACUUCCCAAUGCCCUCAUUGUCGUGCUGGUGGGCUUUCUCAAAAAUGAACAUACAGCCGUAACCUGGUCCGUGGUGGAGCGCAGCCUACUGAGUUCCUGGUGGCCCACAAUCCUCCGAACAGACGCUGCCGCAAGUCGAGGGGUGGACAUCAAAAUCAAGCUCUUGACCUGGUUGCGACCACUGGCGCUCGGGCUGGUCUCCGUGGCGGCCGUUAUCACUCCCUUGGGCCUCUACGACGACAUUGUACCUGCGAAGUCUCCUCAAUCUGUUAGCUUCUCGUACAUUCCAGACACCAGUCCGAUGGGAUACGGAACGCCUCCACGGAGCAACCUUGGGUUCAGUCGGGUGUGCGGAGAUUUCCUCCCCGUGCAGUGCCCCGGCACUACGAGUGUCAUCACCUACGGUGGUAACGACACCUUCCUGGAAGCCAACAUCACAAACGAUGACUACGACACACGGAUCCCCAGGGUUCUCGCCGAGCUCUACCAGAGCGGCCUCAACCACCAGCCGAAGUCGGUCUCCAGCUUCUUUGAUAUUGAAUCCCGGUACUAUUCGUUCAUGUAUCAGGACGGGGUCGCUCGUGGGGGCAAGUACAUCGUGGACGCGUUCCGCUACUUGUCGAAUAUGGUCUUGAACAACGCCGUUGAAGCGGUAGAAGGGCUGGUCGUCGACACGGUCACGGGGGGCGUGGGCUUUCGCAACCAUACGGCCCCUGUCGGCGUCCAGCUCGGAGCCGAGUGGACGGAAGACCUGCUCUGGAUCCAGCCCGAGUCGGCCUGUGUCGACACGAACAUCUCGGUCGAGUUCCAGAUACCCUACAGCGGCAUUGCCAGCGAUGACCUGACCAACAUCUCGCUCAUUGAUAACGGGGGUUUCGCGAACCUGGUUCAAAAAUGGCCCUACGUCAAUGUGACAAACUCGCAGGUCGAUCUAAACUUGCAAGGCCGAGCCUACAAAGCUGCAUGGAUGGUGAACGCGUAUACGAUGCUGGUCAUGAACCUGACCAGGCCGAGUCCUGAUGCCUUCGGUUAUCUCAAAUCCAAGGUCGGCAACAAGUAUCCAGUCACAAAAUAUCAGACGACGGGAGUGAAGCUCAAUGGAAUCUACAUCACCGAUACCUGGACGUCCAUGUUGGAUCCGGAAGCCUACUUGUCCAACUAUACCCUGCCGACUGACAUUUCGUUGCUCUGCUCAGGGGCGGGGAGGGGGGACCUUGCAAAUCUCACCAACGUCCAUGUCGAGUGCGGCAUGGUCUUCGGGGCCGCGAAGCGCCGUGACGGCACCAUAACCCUCGUCCAGGAGCCUGAAACGUGGUGGACCCAGAAGAUUUAUAGUUGUGCCACGGCAAUGAAAGCAAGUAUCAAGGAAGUCCGGUUCCGAUACAACGCGACACAAGAGACUGGUAACAACCUCAAUGCCUUGUCUAUUGUUAAUGUUAGCGAUAAGUCGUAUCCAGACAAGGAAGCGAUGCCUCUUUGGGGCAUUGAGUCGCCUGGGUACAAGAUGAAUAACCUUCCUCAGCUAUGGGGCCUCAUCUCGCCAGACCUUGAGCACUCGGUCAAUUUGUCCACAAUCCGGGCUCCUCAACUGUACCUCCCCGGUUACGGUGGUCAAGGUACUCUGACGACUGUCCCGGGGUUUGAAAAUCUGCCCGGGGCAGAUGGCCCAGGGGAUGCCUUGGCAGGAGUGUACGAGUACAACAAUGGCAACUCGGCCGACUAUACUGGAGACACCAACAUGGCCAUGUAUGCGCGCUGGCGCGAUCUUUCCCAGUCGGCGGCGACCAUGGCCACGAUUCCCAACUUGGUGUGGACGGACAUCGCUGCGAAUAUGCUGGUCGGCACGCGCAGCUGGAACUCAGGAAACCAGUUGCCUCCCAACCUCCAGAAACGUGACGAUGAUGGGACGACCAGCACGGCCCUCAACCAGGCCAUCCUUCCUGUGACCAUCUAUCAGCGACAAAUUCGUUAUCACUGGCGAUUUGCCAUCCCAGCAUUCUUGGCCCUGGCGCUGUCUCUCGUGGUGCUUCUGGCCGCGCUGGUGUCUGCUGCCUCUGGAAGGGGGCUUCCAGCACGGGUGCGACAUUAUCUUUUUCAUUUGUCGUCAGGACGCAUGUUGGGGGAAAUGCAAUAUGCUGGAGAAUGCGACAAGUUGGCACCGACAAAUGAAUGGCUCGCACGUGUGGGUAGCAAACACAGCCAUUUGCGCGCUUAUGUCAGUCAUAAUGCUAGCGGCACCGGUCGUAUUAGCGGCAACAGUGGUAUUGGAACCUCAACCUCACCGUUUCCUGGGCAGCACUAUCACAUGGCCCACAGCGUGAGCGAGGAGAAGCAGAAGGGAAUGGUGACUGAGACGACCGAACUGCGACAGCUCAGCGUGGCCACGUCAGGUCAUGCGAAGGCGGUAGCGCCGACCACGGGAUAUAUGAGGCUUAAUGAAAACGAACCGCCGGGAUGGCGGUCACCCGGGCUCUAA